AUGCAACGUGUCCUGCCACGUGUCCUCUCCCUGGCCCGUCAGAACGCGGAGCUGUUCACGCUGACGUACGGCGCCAUGAACGCGGAGCUGUUCACGCUGACGUACGGCGCCAUGGUGCGACAGCUGCUGACGGACCUCGAGGAUAUCGAGGAGGUCAACAAGCAGCUCGACGCCAUGGGUUACAACAUCGGAGUGCGGCUGAUAGACGAAUUCCUCUCCAAGGCCAACGUCACACGCUGCUCCGACUUCAAGGAGACCGCUGAUAUUAUCGCCAAGCUGGGCUUUAAGAUGUUCCUGGGCGUGACAGCAACGGUGACCAACUGGAACGCGGAGGGCAACGAGUGCAGUCUGGUGUUGGACGACAACCCGCUGGUGGACUUUGUCGAGCUGCCUGAGUCCUGCUCCUCGCUCGUCUACUGCAACCUGCUGUGCGGCGUCAUCAGGGGGGCGCUGGAGCAGGUACGAAUGAGGCUUGAGGGUGUAACAGUGCAACCUGCUGUGCGGCAUCGUAGGAGGGGCGCUGGAGCAGGUAUGCAUGCAGACCUGACGCAGGUGAACGCAUUUGGAGUAGGUAUGAAUGUGUCGCAGGUGUCGCUGCGGGUGGAGGUGAAGUUGGUGCGCGACAUGCUGCGAGGAGAUGAUGCGUUUGAGAUGCGCAUGAAGCUCAUAGAGCAGAUGGCCGAGGUGUACCCAUUCAAGGACGCCGACUAG